GUAGCUUAUACUCUGAUUUGAUGUUGUAUGCGAAUUCAGGAAUAGUUUCAACAGUAACUUAACAAUGGCUGAAGCGUCGGAAAUUGUGAAUUUUUUUACUGAUAAAGUAGUUUUUCUCACUGGUGGCACAGGCUUCCUAGGCAAAGUAACCUUAGAACGUCUGUUACGUGUGUGUCGUGUGAAAACGGUCUACAUAUUAGUGCGUCAAAAAAAGGGUAAAUCAGAAGUGGAGCGUUUUGAUGAAAUAUUCGGACAAGUACUAUACGACCGCCUCAAAAAAGAAUGUCCCGAUUAUCGUCAACACGUCGCAAUGAUAACCGGAAAUUGCAGUGAUGAAAAUCUGAAUAUUUCCGAAGAAAAUUGGAAUAUUCUGCAUUCGGAAGUUGAAGUUGUAUUGCACUGUGCUGCAACAGUGAGAUUUGAUCAAAGUUUUCGCACUGCUUAUUACAUAAAUGUCCGAGCAACAAAGGAUUUGAUAGAAAACGCCAAGAAAAUGAUAAAAUUAAAGAGUUUUAUACAUGUGAGCACCGCCUUUUCAAAUUGCCAUGAAAAAACGAUCGAAGAGAAAAUAUAUCAACCGCCUAUGACCGAAGAACAAUUAAAUACGUUGUUGCAAACAUUUCCGGAUGACAAAUUCAUCAAGACAAUGGAACCAUCACUUUUAGGAGAGUUUCCCAAUACUUACACUUACACUAAGUGCGUCGCUGAAGAAUUAGUGUCUCGCAUGGCCAAAGACCCCGGCAAUCCACUUCCAAUUGCAAUUGUUCGACCAUCAAUGAUUUUGUCUUCUUACAAAGAACCUAUGCCAGGAUGGAUUGACAAUGUUUACGGCCCGCCAGGAGCGACGGUUAGCUGUGGGGUGGGAUUAUUACGCACGUUGCAUUGUGAUCUCGUGAAGAAAGCAGACAUCGUACCAGUUGACUUUGUGGUGAAUGCACUUUUAGCUGUUGCAUAUAAUACAUCCCAGAAGGAGCGGAGUACAGAUGCUUUCGAUGUGUAUAAUUUUACGUCAUGGAAACAUUCAAUUGAUUGGAGUACAUACAUGGAUCUUUGUUCAAAGGAGGGCAGGAACUAUCCACUGAUGUCGGCUAUCUGGAGGCCAUUUUUCUUACCAACUAGAUAUUUAUUUUUGUAUAAUUUGUAUUGGUUUCUCCUACACACCAUUCCAGCACACAUUGUUGAUGGAAUUUUAAAAAUCAUGGGGAAGACUCCUUUGUUAGUAGCGGGUUAUAAGAAGAUACGAAAAUUCACGGAAGUCAUCAGUUUCUUCACGGUGCGAGAAUGGCAAAUGCCACAUCGGAAAAUUGUUGCCUUAUUUGAGAAAAUGAACAAAACCGAUCAGGAGUUAUUCGAGCUGCGCAUGAGCACAUUCAAUUGGGAAGAAUACGCAAAGGACUACGUACUCGGAGGACGCAUCUACAUACUGAAGGAGCCAGUGACAAAGGCAGAGGACGCCAAUCGACAUCAUCGCAAAUUAUUUGUUGCUCACUACACUCUUGUAUGCUUUCUCAUUUUUAUUGGCGCUUAUAUGUUAAACUUCUUUUUGUCGUUGUUUGGUUAUAAUUUCUUUUAGAAAAUAUAAAUGUGAAAUACUGUUGCACAAAUAAAGUAUGAUUUAUGACAUAAAAA